AUGAAUAGAUUGAAAAAAUAUUUAGAAUGUGAUGAUGAUUAGGUUUUAGAUAUAUAUGAUCAAUUAAUAGAUGAGAUAUUAUAACACCAAAAUGAAUAGGAGUAACUUAUUUUGAAUUUACGAGAUCAUAUGUAGUUGGUUGAUAUUAAAAAAAAAAUAAGAAUCUUAUAAUUGAUAAAUGAAAUCAUUUGUUGUAAUGAUACAAAUUUUAAAUCACUAAUAUAAAUUCACUUUUUAGAUUUACUUAAAGAAUAUUUUGAACAUCAAAGUAAAAGUCUUUAAUCUAAUUAUUUGUGUUAAGAAGGUAUAAAUUUAUAUUUAUCUUAAGAUGAAGUUGAAGUUAUUGAACUAUAUAUGUUUGUAAAUAAAAUAUUAGCAUACUAUGAUACUUCCAAAAUAGAAAAACCUAGAUUAAGUAUAAUGAAACCAAAAAGUGAAGAAUUCAAAUUUUAAUUUGAAUCAAGAGCUUCAAUAUUUUUAAAUGAUUAAGAAUAAAAAUAUGAAGAAAAAGAAAUAUAGACUGAUGAAGAUUAAGAAUUGAUAAAAUGGAAAAAUAAAUGGGAAUUAUAGUUCCAUUACAAUUAAAGAUUAUAAAAAAUAAAUUCAUAAUUAAGAAAAGAAUUAGUAGAAUAUUAAAAGAAAUAUAAUCAAACAUCAUAUAUGAUAGAAAAACCCCAUUCUGCAAUAUUAUUAUAAUAGCCUACAAAAUCAAAAGAAACAUUAACUAUAUCAUUUGGAUAAUAAUAAUUAUAAUCUUAAUCAUAAUAAUUAAUGAAGUUUGAAGAUGAUGAAGAAGAUUAAAUUAUAAUAAGUGAUAUAAAUGAAUCUAAUGAUUAAACUAAUUAAAUAAAAUAAAUAUCUUCUAUUUUAAAAAAGAAUGAAAAUGAAAAUGAAAAAAAAUAAAAAAAGAGAGUAUAAUUUGUAUAAAGAAAAUUAAAUAUUUAAUGUUAUAAUUAUUAGAAUCUUCUUAAUGAACUUGAAUAAUCAGAAUUAUUAUGUUUAAAAAAAUGUUGCUUUUCUAAAUAUGGAAUUAUUUAUGAUGAUAGAUCAAUAUAAAUAUUAUUAUAGUUGAGUGACUCUGUUGAAUUUGAAUCAUGUUUAACAAUAUUAAAUAGAACAAAUGAUGAUAUCAAAUUAUCUCUAAUCUAUAAAUAACCAGUCAAUAUUAAUCUUAGAAUUAAAGAUUUGAUUUUAAAUUCUAAAAAAUCACUCAAAUAGGUUAUUUAUAAUGAUAAAGAUGAAUUAUUAUAAUUGUAACUUCAUUAUGAAUUGCACCAAUAAAAAAUAGAUAAAUAUAUAAUAAUUCCAAAUUUAUUACAUAAAUACUUAUAAUUCAAUAAAUUUACAGAAACAACAUAUCAAAAACAUAUGGAUGAAAUAAAAAAUAAUGAUACACAUACUAUGUUAAUUUGUUAAUGUCCUAAUAUUAAUGUAGAUGAAGAUAAAAUUAUGAAAAUAAUUCCUAAUUAUAUUCAUAUUAAAAACAAGUAUUUAAGUAGUAUGAAUUAUAAAUCAAUUUAAUUUUAUUGUAAAAUUAAAUGUGAUAAGAACUCAACAGAAUUUAAAUUGCUUAUAGAUUCAAAUAAUGAAUAAUUUGGAACAAAAUUACUCCAAUAGCUAAUAUUUUUAUUGAUUAUUUAAAAGAAAUGA